AUGCCCUUCGCGCAACUAGUCAUCGGCCCGCCCGGCGCGGGCAAAUCAACAUAUUGCAACGGCAUGCACCAGUUCCUCGGCGCCAUCGGCCGCAAAUGCUCGAUUGUUAAUCUGGACCCUGCGAACGAUCAGACGUCGUAUCCGUGUGCGCUGGACGUGCGGGAUUUGGUGACGCUGGAGGAGAUCAUGGGAGAGGAUAAGCUUGGGCCGAAUGGGGGUGUGUUGUAUGCGCUGGAGGAAUUGGAGCAGAACUUUGAGUUCUUGGAGGAGGGGUUGAAGGAGCUUGGAGAUGACUAUGUUCUAUUCGAUUGCCCCGGACAAGUCGAGCUAUUCACACACCACGCCUCGUUACGGAAUAUCUUCUUCAAGCUCCAGAAAAUGGGAUAUAGACUGAUAGUAAUCCACCUAAUCGACUCCUACACCCUAACACUCCCCUCAAUGUACAUCUCCGCACUCCUCCUUUCCCUCCGCGCAAUGCUCCAAAUGGACCUCCCGCACCUAAACGUGCUCACCAAAAUCGACAACCUCUCCAACUACGCCCCCCUCCCCUUCAACCUCGAUUUCUACACCGAAGUCCAAGACCUAAACUACCUCCUCCCGCACCUGGAAGCCGAGUCCUCGCGCUUAUCGCACGAGAAGUUCGGGCCGUUGAAUAAUGCGAUUAUCGACUUGAUUGAGGAGUUUGGGCUGGUGGGGUUUGAGACGCUGGCUGUGGAGGAUAAGAAAAGCAUGAUGAGUUUGUUGAGGCAGAUUGAUCGGGCGGGGGGGUAUGCGUUUGGGCCGGCGGAGGGGGCGAAUGAUAGUAUUUGGCAGGUUGCUGUUAGGGAGGGGUUGGGAAGUAUGGAUGUGCGGGAUGUGCAGGAGAGAUGGCUGGAUGCGAAGGAUGAGUAUGAUGAGAAGGAGUUGGGGGAGUUGGAGGAGGAGGCUGCCUGGACUAGAGAACAGAAUCAGCAACUUCCGGCGACAGACGAGGACGACGAGCUGGCAGAUUUCAAAGGACCGUUACCAGAUAGCGGGAUAAAAGUUGUACGAAAGUAA